AGUUGGACAGGAAGUUCUCCAAAAACAAACGAAUCUUCAAUUUGCUGUACUCUUAAACGGGUUUUAAAAUGUAUGCACUAUUUGCAAUAAUUAUACCUUCUUGGGUUCGUGAGUUUUCAACCUUCGACGGACAAAACCUGGCAGAGAAGUGGAAACAGCAGGUCGAACGGAGAUUGGAUGUCGGACUGUUUCGGAAAUGGAGCUUAUUAAAAGGACAAAUGUAGAUUUUGAACUGGAGAAGGAGCAACAAAACAACAUACUGGAUCCGAUUUUCAACUCCAGUCUUCAAGUGUACAGACCAGAUGUCGAGCAGACGGUGCUGAUCAAAGAAGAAAAUCAAGAAGCAUUGAGACAUGAUGUGGAUCAUCAGGACCCGGAGCUGYUCCACAUAAAAGAGGAAGAGGAGGAACUCGGGAACAGUCUAGAGGGAGAACAGCUUAGUGAGGAGGAGGAGAUGGAUGCCACCAGGCUUUCAUUCACUGCGGCUCCUUUGAAGCAUGAGGAGGAUGAAGAGAAACAUGGUUUGUCACAGCUUCAUGAACAAAAAAUGGAAGACAGAAACUUUCCAGCCUGCAGUUCAGCUGACCAGAUGAAAUUAGAAGCCUGUGAAGAGGACAAUCUAGAAGCAGAAACUACUGGGAACCAAGAGCUAAAUACUGAUGAGGAUGAUUCCAGCUUUUCAGAGACUGAAUUCAGUGAGCAUGAAGAUGAUGAUGAAGAAGAGGAUGAAGAAGAUUUGAGCUUUCCUGUUUGUCAGCUAAAAGACUUGUCAGACCCUGGGUCAAUAAAUGAAAGCAGCGGCAAAGACGAGAAGAUCAGGACUCCCGAGUCUGAUGUAAACUCUGUCAACACCUCUUUGAUCUGCUCUGAUUGUGGUAAACAGUUUAACUACAAGUCUUUCAAAAGACACAUGACAAGUCAUUUAGGAAUAAAGUCUUCAAGUUGUUUGGUUUGGAACAAAUGUUUUCGAGUAAAGAAGAAUGUAGACUCCCAAAGAAAAGAUCAGACAAAACUAAAGUUGUUUAGUUGUGAUGUUUGCGGUAAAAGAUUUAGUCAACGAACUAAUCGCAACAAACACAUGAGAAUCCACACAGGAGAGAAACCUUUUAGUUGUGAUGACUGCGGCAAAAAGUUUAAUAGGAAAACAAAUUUAAACGCACACCUGAGAAUUCACACAGGAGAAAAAACAUUCAUUUGCGAUGUUUGCGGACAAAGAUUUAGCCAAAAAUCAAGUUUAAACACACACAUGAUAAUCCACACAGGAGAAAAACCAUUUAGUUGUGAUGAAUGUGAACAAAGAUUCAGUCGAAAAACAAGUUUAAAUAGACACAUGAGAAUCCACGCAGGAGAUAAACCGUUUGGAUGUGACGUUUGUGAACUGAGGUUUAGCCGAAAGACAUAUCUGAACAAUCACACGAGAAUUCAUACUGGACAGAAGCUAUUUGUUUGUGAUGUUUGCGGACAAAGAUUUAGCUAUAAAGAAACGUUAAACUCGCACAUAAAAGUUCACACAGGAGAAAAACCAUUUGGUUGUGAUUUUUGCAGACAGAGAUUUGGACGAAAGACGAGUUUAAACAGACACAUGAGAAUCCACGCGGGACAGAAACCAUUUGAGUGUGACGUUUGCGGACAAAACUUUAGUCGAAAGCCACAUCUGAGCAAUCACAUGAGAGUCCACACGGGAGAAAAACCAUUUCGAUGUGAUGUGUGYGGACAAAGAUUUAGCCAAAAGACAAGUUUGAACACACACAUGAGAAUCCACACUGGACAGAAACCGUUUAAUUGUGAUGUUUGUGGACUAAGAUUUAGCCAAAAGCCUAAUUUAAACAGACACAUGAAAAUCCACUCAAAAGAGAAAACUAUUUAACUGUGAAUUUUAUGAACUGAAACUGCACAGGUGCAGUGAAUGUUGUUAAAUAGUAAGUGUAAUGUGGAAAUUGGGUGUCAGCAACAGCUGUGGUUACAAAUAUGUGUGUUUAUUUUUUCUUUCUGGUUCUUUUUACCAUAGAAUACAAAUUUAGUUUUCCAAGAAAAUGACAAUCUUUGCUAGCAAGUAGUUCCAGGCUUGUUUCUAUGAAUAUGAAUUUAGACUUCUGUGCUUUUGCAGCUAUACUAAAUUUUGUAAAUUUUCAGAUGUUAAAAACAUUUUCAUCUGCAUUUUUUAUUUUUUUUUCUGGAAAAUGUUCUGGGUCUGGCAAAAAUAUCUAUAAUUAUACAAGUAUUAUAUGCAUUAUUUCUGGUUUUAUUAUUUUACAAUAUCUCAAAUAAAACAAGUUGACAAAAAGUA